CAUUUGUAUUCGUCAUUUAUAAUCGAUAAAUAUUGUAGUGUUGCAAAAUGUUAAAAUCAUUUAAUAAACAAACAUUAUUAUAAAAACUCACUCCGCGCAUGCGUGCGGACUAUGAUAUAGUAUAUUAUUGUAAUGUAAUAAGCACGUGUGCAAACAUAAAAAGAAAAGGAAAACCUCACCCUAAUUGGUGGUAUAAUAUAUAUAUUGAUAAUAUUUUGAGAUUUAUUAGUGGUUAUCAUCGUCAUUGUGCAGAAUAAAAAUAUUUAAAAAUUUAUAUUGCAAAAAGAAGAUAACACUUGAGUUGAUUAGUAUUCUUUGCCACAUUAUUUGUGGUUUAUAUAUGUUGUAAGUUAUCAGAUUCUGAUCGUAUUCUGAUUCAAAUAAUUGUUCAAGCAUUGAUUGUAAAAAUGGCAGAUGUGACUGUAAUUUCUUCAAGCAUUGUUCGACCCCAAAACCUAAACCAAUCUUGUCGAACAAAAAUCCAUCUCACUCCAUUUGAUCUUAAGCUUCUUUACGUUGAUUAUCCUCAAAGAGGUCUUCUCUUUCACAAACCCGACCCGGAAACCCAUCUCAUCUCUCGGUUAAAGACAUCUCUUUCAACUGCUUUAGACAUCUACUUCCCCUUCUCCGGUCGUCUUGUCAAAGAGGAGAAUCUUGAAGAUAACACUGUGUCGUUUUACAUCGACUGUGACGAGCACGGCUCAUCUGGUGCUAAGUUCGUCCAUGCCGAAUCCAAAUCAUUGUCGGUGAGUGACAUUCUUCAGCUUCACGGCUCUGUUCCAGAUUUCAUGAGUCAUUUCUUCCCAUCUGUGGACGUUAAAAGCAUCAACGGCCUCACGGAGCCCUUGCUUGCGCUGCAAGUCACCGAGGUAAAAGAUGGUGUUUUCAUCAGUUUCGGUUAUAAUCACAUGGUCGCUGAUGGAGCUUCCAUUUGGAGUUUCUUUAAUAUUUGGUCCAAGAUAUGCUCUGAUGAUUCCGACAAUCAGAAGAACCACAACCCUCUUAAACUCAGAGGAUGGUUCCUUGACGGGAUCAGUUUCCCGAUACGUGUCCCAGCUUCAGAGACGGCGGUCCCUUCUCCAAGACAAGAAACUUCUUUGCGUCCCACUUCGAAUGAAAGAGUUUUUCACUUCACAAAAAGGAAUCUUUCAAAUCUCAAAGCCAAAGCCAACAAUGAAGCUGGCUCCAGUGACCUGGUUAUCUCGUCCUUACAAGCGCUUUCUGCACAUUUAUGGAGGUCCACAGUCAGACACAGUGGUAUGAGCCGAGAUGAAGAAACGCAUUGCAAAUUAACCGUUGAUAUGAGGCAGAGACUAAACCCUCCUCUUGAGAAAGAGUGUUUCGGAAACUUGAUCCUCCUGGGGGUAGCUACGGUCACGGUUAGGGAACUGCUGGAUAAUCAGAUGGGUUGGGCUGCUUUGCAAAUAAGUAAAAUGGUGCGCUCGCAAACGGAUGAAAAGUUCAAAACUUUUGCAAAGAAUUGGGUCAGAGACGUAAAGAUACUAGAAAAAGGUUGCGGGAGUCCAAAGGUUUUUGAUUCUGUGGUUAUGUCAAGCUCUCCUUGGUUUGAUGUGUAUGGAAACGAUUUCGGUUGGGGUAAGCCGAUUGCAGCUAGAGCUGGACCCGGAAAUAGUAUGAGAGCCAAGCUUGUGCUUUUUCAGGGGUUUAAAGAAGGAAGUAUUGAUGUUCAUGCGACCUUAUGUUCUCAUGUGCUUGUGAAGUUAUUGGCUGAUGUUGAAUUUUUAGAGAAUGUGACCAUUACUUGAUUCUAAUUUGAUUUGAGAAAUAGAGCUUGUCUUUUUCCCAAAUGAAGCUUUGGUGCUUGUAAUUCGGUGUCUAGGAAAUGGCAAGUAAAGAUAGUAAAAUAAUUCGGUGUAAACGGCGAAGACGUAUGCUUUAGAUGGUGAUCAAAAGAGUGAAUGUGAAUAGUAAAUUCUCUUCAUUCCUUAUAUUUAUAUCGUUUACUAAUAAUAUUCUGUAUGUGUUUCUUGUUCAUUCCUUUAUUUUAAAGAAAUUUAUAAAAUAAAACUAUUAAAUUUA